GUUUGAUAUUUUUCGUCAUGUUGCGUGGUGGGUAACCACUAACCACUAACCACUAUACACAGAUCACAGAUGUUCACUACAAUGCUGGUUUAGUGGAGUUAUACCCAGUCUCAGUCACACUUCCCUAAGCUCUAUCUCUGGUCUGGACCGUCUGGUCUCUACUCUAAAUCUGCCUCAGGUGCUCUCUUCUCUUUCUCUCACCAUUUCAACUAAUGUAAUGGCGAGAGACUGAGGAACCGACACCACUAGAUCAAAUCCGUUAAAGCACUCUUCUGACAGAAAACUGGGAACUGUUCAAAGCAUAUAAUGGGCUCAAAACUCAACUCAGGAAGCAGUAGGACUCGAAGCCCAGCAUCUAUAUUUAUUGUGGUUGGCCUCUGCUGCUUCUUUUACAUACUGGGGGCAUGGCAGAAGAGUGGUUUCGGAAAGGGAGAUAGCAUAGCAUUAGAGAUUACCAAACAGACAGACUGCAGUAUCUUGUCCAAUUUGAAUUUCGAGACUCAUCACAAUGAUGUUGGUGAGAUUGUUGACCCUUCUGAUACAAAAGCUGAAGUCUUUGAACCCUGUGAUGUUAAAUAUACAGACUAUACUCCUUGUCAAGAACAAAAUCGUGCAAUGGCCUUCCCAAGAGAGAACAUGAUCUACAGAGAAAGACACUGUCCCCCAGAAGAUGAAAAAUUGCGAUGCCUUAUUCCAGCACCCAACGGUUACAUGACUCCAUUUCCCUGGCCAAAGAGCCGUGACUAUGUACACUAUGCUAAUGUUCCUUAUAAGAGUCUGACAGUUGAGAAGGCUGUCCAGAACUGGGUACAGUUUCAGGGUGAUGUUUUCAAAUUUCCAGGUGGGGGAACAAUGUUUCCUCAAGGAGCAGAUGCAUAUAUUGAUGAACUUGCAUCAGUUAUCCCUAUUGCAGAUGGUUCGGUUAGAACUGCACUGGACACGGGUUGUGGAGUUGCAAGCUGGGGUGCCUACCUCUUGAAGAGAAAUGUACUGGCUAUGUCAUUUGCACCACGCGAUAAUCAUGAAGCACAGGUGCAGUUUGCUUUGGAGCGAGGUGUACCCGCUAUUAUUGGUGUUCUUGGCACUAUCCGUCUUCCUUACCCAUCAAGAGCCUUUGAUAUGGCUCAGUGUUCUCGAUGUUUAAUACCAUGGACAUCAAAUGAUGGUAUGUAUAUGAUGGAAGUAGAUCGAGUUCUUAGACCUGGUGGGUACUGGAUCCUGUCAGGCCCUCCCAUCAACUGGAAGACCUACUACAAGACAUGGAAGCGGUCUAAGGAAGACCUCCAGAAGGAGCAAAGAAAGAUUGAAGAAUUGGCUGAACUUCUUUGCUGGGAGAAGAAGUAUGAGAAAGGAGACCUUGCAAUCUGGAGAAAGAAAGUGAAUGCUGAAUCCUGCCAUAGAAAAUCUGCUAAUUUCUGUGUAUCAGCAGAUGAUGAUGUCUGGUACAAGAAAAUGAAGAAAUGCAUUACACCUCUCCCUAAAGUGACCAGUCAAAAUGAAGUUGCUGGGGGAGCAUUGAAGAAGUUUCCAGCUAGACUUUUUGCAAUCCCUCCUAGAAUAUCUAAGAGGCUUGUGCCAGGAGUCACAGCGGAAUCUUAUCAAGAUGACAAUAAACUGUGGAAAAAGCAUGUGAAUUCUUACAAAAGGACCAACAAAUUAAUUGGAUCAGGGAGAUACCGGAACAUUAUGGAUAUGAAUGCAGGCCUUGGAAGCUUUGCAGCAGCAAUUGAAUCACCAAAAUCUUGGGUGAUGAAUGUUGUGCCUACUAUUGCAGAGAAGAAUACAUUAGGUGUUAUAUACGAGCGGGGUCUGAUUGGGAUAUAUCAUGACUGGUGUGAAGCCUUCUCUACUUACCCAAGGACAUAUGAUCUCAUUCAUGCCAGUGGUGUUUUCAGCAUGUACCAGAACAAGUGUGAGGCUGUAGACAUCCUUCUGGAGAUGGACCGGAUCUUGCGCCCCGAAGGAGCAGUCAUUAUCCGGGACAAUGUUGAUGUCUUGAACAAAGUGAGGAAGAUAGCAAAUGGCAUGAAAUGGGACACCAAAAUGGUGGAUCAUGAAGAUGGGCCGCUUGUGCCUGAGAAGAUACUGGUUGCUGUUAAACAGUACUGGGUUGGUGGUUCGGGCAACAGCACAUCCCUUGACGAAUAAACCACUUCCUGAGUUUGGGACUGUAUUUUCUUUGAGGAAUAGCUUCAAUUGUUAUGUUUAGAGAUGUGUUAGCUUAUAUCAAUUUAUUAGUCUAUGUACUUAUAAUUAAUUGAUCCCAAAUCAGGGAAGCCCGACUGAAGGAGCUGGCUGGAGGAGCUGUAGUUUGUAAUUUCUUGGUUUCUAAGCCUAAGCCCAACUUUGCAAGGCCGUCCCUUAAUUAAUGCUGGAUUGUACCAGUCAUAAUUUAUAAAUUAUAACACGGAUAUUUGUUUGCUCAAGAUUCCUGA